AUGGAAAUUGUUUAUUUGGCACUAUUUGUGCUUGCUGCAGUAUUCUUUUUCUCGCUAUUCAUACUGAUUGCUAUGUGUCGAAGGCGUGCUUUGACAACGAAACGUUUCGCCGAAGCUACUUCGUUACGUUUCACAAAAGUGGAUAACGAGAAUGUUGAAAGUGUUGUGCAACUUGAGCCACUGAUCGCGCAAGUUCUGGAUAGCAAUCAGUGGAUUUAUGAUGUUUCGGGAAUGCUUCAACACUGUGUUGUUAUCCUAAAAUUAUGCCAUGCAUUGACCAUGAAACUGUCCACCAUUCAGCUUAAUUCAGUUGAUAUACGUCUUCUGGAAGCACGUGCUUCGUCUCUUGUAAGUACAUGUUGGAUGCUUGCAUUUCCAUUUACAGUGAUCAGCCCGAAACAUCUGAAUGCAUUGGAUCGCUUAUUAUACCAUUUAGAGCAAAAUGCUACUGCUGCUGCUGCCGCUGCUGGAAAAAGUAAUAUUCCGGAUGGCAAGCCACUGCUAGAGCCGCUAGCAACAGUUAUCGAAGAAACAUCACUGAUGGAAUCGUCGACGGAUCGAAACGAUUCCACCACUGAAUCACAGCAUAGUGACGAAGCGCCAGCUGAUCCUGGUGCUCCGGUAACACCCUCGUAA